AUGGGAUUGGGUCAAAGAAAAUCCCAUUACCGCAACUAUUGUAGGGAUUCUGGCUGUGGGUGCAUUGGUGUGUCUGGUUUCUUAUGUGGCCCUACCAUUAUUAAAAAGCAGCAUCGCGUCAACGGGAGCUGGUGGCUUUUUUUGGUGGUUGUUUUCAAACAAAACCCGGCUUAUCUGUCUUUGGCUCAUUUGCUGGUAGAUGGUUAA